AUGUCGGCCCACGCUGGCGGCGGCUCCCGGGAUGUCGAAAUUGCUGAGCAUGCAAUGUAUGGGCCAUUUUUCGGGACGCUCGGUGUCUCGGCAGCAAUGAUGUUCACGGCAGCCGGCUCGGCCUAUGGCACCGCAAAAUCGGGCACCGGCAUUGCAUCGAUGGCUGUUGCCCGCCCCGAUCUGGUCAUGAAAGCAAUCAUCCCGGUAGUUAUGGCCGGUAUCGUUGCAAUUUAUGGAUUGGUAGUUGCUGUGAUCUAUGCGGGGCGUGUGAUGCCCGGGGGUCUGGAUUCCGAUUACACAAUCGAUCAGGGAUUUAGCCAGUUGGCCGGUGGUUUGGUGUGCGGUUUUUGCGGUUUGGGUGCUGGCUACGCAAUCGGUAUCGCUGGUGAUGCAGGUGUCCGGGCACUGUCACAGCAACCGCGAUUUUUCGUAGGAAUGAUAUUGAUAUUAAUUUUUGCCGAAGUACUCGGCCUUUACGGUAUGAUUGUUGCUCUGAUUUUGGGAGCAACAUAA